GAAUCGUCAGAUUGGAAAGACAGCAUUAUGGAAUCCAGGGUGUGAUCAUGCAGGAAUAGCCACACAGGUAUUUGAACCCUUCAGCACUUGAUAUAUUUUGUAUAAUUCUCUCUCAAUGCUUCUUGCUUUUAAACAUAAUUUGUUUUAUAGUGUCAACCCCUUCACCCUUGCACCUUCUAGUUGAUAGAAUUAUGGAUGAAGUAAUGAAAUUGAAUUUUUGAGGAGGAGGUCCUAAUAAUAAUUUCUACAAGUUUAUUAGUUAACCACAGUAGUCUUACUGACCCUACAAUCUUUCAUGGCUGCGAUAAAUCUGAUAAUUCCAUGGAUAAUUGACUUUGUCAGAUUUUGAAUGAACUCAACAUGUACAUCGUGGGACAGUACUUUAAGAGUUAGAUCACUUUUAGUCAGUGCUUUACUCUUCUUUCAGGCAGUCCUGCAUGUAAUUCCAUGGAAAGACUUAAUUCCUUUUCACUCUUUACACACUAACAACAGUAUACAUAUUCACGAUACUGUACCCCAUACAUUUUUUAGGGAAUUGUCAAAGAGAAUUUGUUUAACAAUCACCAGCUUCUUAAGUUAGUGAUCAUUUCCUCAUUUCCUUUGUUCUGAUGAACUAAACGUGUGACUCAGGGGUAAUAUUGCAGAAAGAAAUUAGAUGCUAGUCACUUAGGGGUCGGAGGGUUAAACAUUGAUUUUUGGGAAUGGCAAAGAUAACGUGAAAAGAAACCAAAAGAAGACUGUAUCUUUCAUUUUAAAUAAAUUUAAUAUUUACUCGAUAACUUUAUUUUUAAAAGCAGUUAAUACUUCUUGACAAUAGUUUACUGGAUGAAUGUUUUGUUUCUUUAGGUUGUGGUGGAAAAGAAGUUGAUGCGUGAACAAGGUCUAUCACGACAUGAUUUGGGAAGAGAGAAAUUUGUAGAAGCGGUGUGGAAAUGGAAGAAUGAGUAAGUUUUUUUCCUGUCAUUGUUGGCAAAUAAAAGUUGACUCUGAAAGUUUGUAGCACCUGAUAGACUUUUUCCCACAAAACUUAGAAAAUUACAAACACUUUGUUUUGAUUCUGACAGGUGAAUUGUGUAAUAUCCAAUCACAAUGAUGGACAAACCUCAAAACCCCAAAUUUAACAAUUGUUGCUGUUUGUAUAAUUUUAGCUUCAUUUUUCUACAUAUGACUGGCUUUUUCUGUGACUACCAUCGAUAUUCUACAGAUAUUUCUGAUGUUCUUUGUUUUCCAAGUUCCACAACAAAAUAUCAUUGUACAACCAGAGAUUUUACAAAGUAAAAGUACAAAUGUAGAAAUUAAAAGUGAUUUCUAAAAUAUGUAAAUUCAUUUUCUCAACAGAAAGGGCGAUCGUAUCUAUCAGCAGCUGAGAAUGAUGGGAGUUUCUGUUGACUGGGAUAGAGCUUGUUUCACUAUGGAUCCUGUGGGUGAACUUUUGUUUGUUUGUUUGUUUGUUUUUUUGUUUUAUAUAGUCAGACAAUACACAACUUGUCCACUUUUAGGAGAUUAGGUUGGCACUUUUGACUUUUAAUCUUAACCCUUUAACUCCCAUGAGUGACCAAGAAAGAAUUUCUCCUUUCAAUAUCAAAUAUAAUAUCAAGCAGACUAGUUAUGAAAAUAAAGGAAGACAUCAAUCAGGGGAUAAUUUAUUAAUUGAUCCAGUACUAAAUUCUCUGAGUUAACAUGGUGAGAAUUGUAUAGCAGGCAGAAAGAAGAUUUACUAACAAGAUUGUAGCAGUGAAGGAGUUAAUUUAAUGAGAGGCAAUACUCUUUAAGAAAAGAGGUAUUCAGUCUUAAUUUGUUUACAAUGAAAUGUACAUCUUCCAGCUAAAAUCGUGUCAUUUAUUUAUUUACACGUUUUUGUUUGUGUUUCAUCUUAUCAGAAACUCAGCAGGGCUGUGAAGGAAGCAUUCAUUAGACUCCAUGAUGAAGGACUCAUCUACCGAAACAGACGGCUGGUCAACUGGUCAUGUACUUUGAAUUCUGCCAUCUCUGAUAUUGAGGUAAAUAUUUCAAUUAAAAUUGAAUUCACUUCAUAUAGAUCCAGCAACAAUAUCUGCAGGGUGUAAGGAAACAUGAAAGAAUUAUGGCAGAGGGUAGAAAUUAAAAGAGUAAUUGCUACAAAUGGUAUUAAAGCAAUGUUGUCAAUCUUGAAUGAUACCCCCACUGAUGCAGAACCACAGUUCCUUUAGAACUUACCACCAUUAUUUCUGGAUAAAGAAUUUAUUUGUAUGUAUUUCAAGACUUCUAGUGUAGACAUUUAUGAUUGUUAUACCUAAAGUACAUCCCCAUUUUACUUUUAGGAUUAAGUUGAAUCCCUGGUUUGCAACCCAAGAGAUAUUGAUAUUCUUGAAUAAAUAAGAUAUUUUUGAACACUUAGUGCAUUUUUUUGUUGUUUUAAUAAGUUGGCAAAAUUCUAAAAUUUUAGGUUGACAAAAAGGAAUUACCUGGAAGAACACUGCUGCCUGUCCCAGGUUAUGAAAAUAAAAUAGAGUUUGGAGUAUUGGUGCAUUUUGCUUACCCUGUGGAAGGUUCAGGUAAUUCUUUUUUAUUAUUAUAAUAGAAUUCUCAAAUAAGAAUUUUGAUUCAUCCAUAACUCGUUUCUUCGUUAAAAUAAGUCAAAAUCUUUGGUUGAUUUUUCAUUUCCAACUUCCCAAUAUGAAAGUUAGAGAUGCUGCAGAGGAUAGUGUUAAUCACAUAUUUUAUGUUCUUAUUGCAGAUGAGAAGCUGAUUGUUGCCACCACUCGUGUGGAAACAAUGUUGGGUGAUACAGCCAUUGCAGUGCAUCCAAAUGAUCAGAGAUACAAGGUUAGGAGGAUAUACAUGUAACUGGUAUUAACAAUUAUCCAAUUGAUAGAAAAAAUGAGAUCCGCCUUUUCCAAUCAAUGCUUGAGGAGUAAAACAAAGUCAUGUGGAAUUCAAGUUCUCACUGAGUACAAAAAACUUGUGAAUUUCAACUGUAAUGAAAUUUUGUAAUGAUGAUUGUUUUUUUUUUUUAAUGUAUCUUUAGCACCUUCAUGGAAAAUUUGCUCUCCAUCCUUUCUGUAAUCGCAAGCUGCCAAUUGUGUGUGAUGAUAUGGUUGAUCCUGAGUUUGGAUCAGGUACGUACUCACAUGAACCCAAGAACCAGCAACACUAUAAUUUUGUGUUGUCCAAUACCACUGUGUAUGGUGUUGAUAAUUACCACAAAAAGGCAAAAGGAAUUGUCCAUGCCCUUAAGCACUCUUUUUAGUCCAGAGGCUAUAGAAAAGUGAUAAAAGGUGCUUGAGUGAUAAUGUUCAGUGUCCCCUUCACUUUCUAGGUUAAGGCUGAUCAUGGACAUUAAAUUUUAACGUUAAUUUUCAUAGAGUCACUGUUUACAACCAACUACAUUUUAUCAUGAAAAGUGACUGUGUGAUCUCUACCAUUAGUGGCAACUGCACUGUGCAUGUACAGGCUCAACAUAGGCUUUUUAAAUAACUAAAAUUUACUUUAACAUUGAGAAAGGAUUGGUUAUUUAGAGUGAAACUCAUCAUCAGAAAUAUAUUUGGAAUUUUACUGUAUUUCCAAUAAGUGUCACAAAACUAACCUGUAAACAGCCAAAUGAAUUUGAGUGAGGUUGUUAGGUUUGCUUGUUUGUCCUUAAUCCAUUACUCAAUUGACUUUUCAGAAUAAAAUCAAAGUUUCCAUGGUUUUCUGAGUUUAAGAAGUAGUGAUCAGCUUAGGAAAUUGCUGCAUAACUGUGCUUGAACUCUUCUCAUGCUCUUUUGUUUAGGUGCUGUCAAGAUCACACCAGCUCAUGAUCAUAAUGAUUAUGGAGUGGGUCAGAGACACAGCCUUGACUUUGUCACUAUGAUUGAUGAUAAUGGUAACAUCAAAGAUCUAAAAGACUUUUAUCCAGAUUUCAAGCACUUUGCAGUAAGCUGCUUUCAGAUCUGCUGCAUGUACAUGUGUGGUUAGAAGAAUAUUGUGUAAAGUAUUUAUACUUGCCGUACUUACAUUUACGCAUACACUAGAUUAUAAUAAAGUCUUCCAUUGAGUGUGAUAUUGUCACAGCUUGAACAAUAAUUUGCCACUCACUGUAUGCUAUUCUUCUACAAAGCUGUCUUGUUGUACUAAAUGUAACAGUUAUAUAGACAAGACAAGCAGAAAAUACAGACAGGCAUAUAUCACAAUAUGAUGACUGACUAAUUUGCAGAAUUACAAGUACAGUGUACAGUGUUCUGUCUUAUUUUAAGCAUGACAGGUAAAACAAAUUUUAAAUCUGUAGAGCAGUUGUGCUACCUGUUGAAUUUUCAAAUAUUUCAAGGGAUUUAUUGGGUGAGAGGAACAUUUUAUAGGUGGUAAAUUUUAUGGGCUACUGGUUGAAAAGGAGAACACUGCAGAUUGCUACAGUUUACAUGUAUGUACUGAUUGGAUUGUUGAAAAAGUGGGUGAUACAAGUACUUCUGAAUUGAUGAAGACUGUUUGAGAAAAGACAUCCGGUUGAAGCAAAUAUACAAUGAGUGACUAUCCUUGGAAACAACUUUGGUGAAACAUUUAUCAUUACCUUUUUUUGCGCUUUUAAUUUUAGGGUUUGAAGAGAUUUGAUGCAAGGAAAGUUGUGCUUGAUGCUCUUACUGCUAAAGGUCUGUUUAUCAAAACAGAAGACAAUCAGAUGGUUGUUCCUAUCUGUAGGUGAGUUUUACAUGUAAGUUGGUUGGCCUGAUUUAGUGACUUAACCCUUUACUCCCAGAAUUGAUUAACAUGUUACUUCUCCUUAUAAUAUCCACACUGUAUUCCAGCAAACAGGUAACGAGAAUAAUCAAACUCAUCAGUGAGGUAGAAGUUUUUAUCUUGAUCUAACAACAAAUUUUCAUAACUGAUUUACAUGAAAUGUGUAGCAGCUAGCAAGGAGAAUUCACAAUCAAAUCUUGGGAUUUAAAGGGUUAAAGUGAUCCUUUUAACCCUCCUACGCAAAGGACAGGAAAGGAAACCUCUCAUGCUUGUGAAGGUGAAUUUUAAAAUGGGAAAAUGAUAUCUAGGAGACUUUAAAUUUUAAUGUCUUUUUUGAGGGAUACCUUACAAAACCAUUCUCUUUCAUUCAUGUUAAGUUCUGUACUGUAUGGUAGUCUCUAAUGGACAUUGUUGCACUGCUACAGCUCCUUACUGCUGCAGUAUAAGGCUUAGAGUUACUCUACCUGGCAUUCUUUACUUUCUCUCUCAGUCGCUCAAAAGACAUUGUUGAACCUCUCAUCAAACCUCAGUGGUAUGUGGACUGUAAGGAAAUGGCAGAUAUGGCUGUGAAGGUACAGUGACCCAUAACGUCCACAAUUGAUAUUAAAUGCUGUCGUUAUCCAAGUUGUGAUACAGAUAAAUCUUUUUUUCUUUAUCAACCUUCACUAUUAGUGAGACCACUUUUUUCUGCAAACAUCUGUUUUAAGUGGCUACUUUUUUAGAAUAUGGAAUAUUUGAAAUGUGGCAUAAGUCACUGCAGUAAGGGGAAAAGCAACCAGUUCCUUCUAUCCCAUAUCCUGAUUACUGUUGCCUGUGUGAUUGAAUACUGCUUCAAUACUGAUAACUGUGUCUGCAGGCAGUGCGAAAUGGAGACUUGAAGAUCAUUCCAAGUAUACAUGAGAAAGUAUGGUACGGCUGGCUUGAGAACUGUAGGUUAGUCAUGCAAAAACUUCUCUCUGUAUUUACCACGAUGAUUGAUCCUAUAAAUGGCUCUUUUUUUGUCAGAGAGGACUUGAUUCAAACUGGUUUUUGAAACUUCACACCAGGGAAGUGAUGUUGUAAUUUGCGCCAGACAGUGGUUUGUGGGAACAGACUGCCAUCUGUUCUUAACCACACCUCUUGGUUGACGACAAACUCACAUCUGAUCCUGUAACAAAAGCUCUUAUUCUCAGCGUCUAUCUUGUUAAGGCAGUUGAAUUCUUUGCCCUUCUACUUUUAGUGUCAUGUCAUGAACCUCCUGCAAGCACGGGCGCGAGUUGAUAUACAUUUUCUUUCUCUAGGGAUUGGUGCAUAUCUCGACAGCUUUGGUGGGGUCAUCGCAUCCCAGCAUUUUUUGUGACCAUUGAUGAUCCAAGUGUCCCACCAGGAGAGGUAGGUUUUUUUUUAAAGAUGACGACGAAUAUAAAAGAGCAAUUGUAAACUGAACGUCAAAGAUAAUCCACGAUUGCGGUGUUUUUGCUUUACUUCGCUUUGCGAUUGGUCCACAAAACUCGCGCCAUUCUCUCAACCAAUUAGAGGCAAACUAAAAGCAUUCACGACUUGGACGCACGCGUUUUCCCGCGCUUUGGGCAGUUUGGUUGUUUCUACCAUAAGUUCUUAUUGGCUCUUGAAAGAAUUUUCCUUUCCUCUGUUUGCCGUUGGGAUUACUUUAGUGACGACAUUUCAUAGAAAAGCGCUCCAAUUAUGGAAAGUUAUACUGAUAAAUACAAGUCCCAUUUUUUAAGUAUUUUCUGUCUUUUGAAUUUUACAGAGAGUAAGUUUGAAAAUUCACUUUAGAUUGCUCCGCGCAUCAGAUUGUUCCGUCCAGUAAUUUUAUUCGUCUGUUGUUGUCAUGGUCAUUUUCUAAAAUAUCAGUUACUUUUGACGUUUCUCUCUUUCAGGAUACUGAUGGCAAAUACUGGGUCAGGUAAUGUAAAAAAUUUGUGUCCGCUAAAAAAAAGCGAAAAAAAGAAAACAAAAAUAUUUAGUGGAAAAUGAAAGACAACAAGUGGGAUUUUAAUCUUCUUUAUUGUGAUCUUAUUGUGUCGAUUUUGUUUCAGUGGUCGCACUGAAGAGGAAGUAUUGAAAAAAGCUGCAGAAAGGUUCAAUGUAGCCCCCGAGAAGAUCACUUUGAAACAAGGUAAGAAUUGUUGUGAUACCUGUUAUGCAUCCCCAGCCCUUGAAAAUCCUGCCUGAUCUCGUUCUUAACUUGUGUGUCCUGGUUUAUUGCAGACGAAGAUGUUUUGGACACGUGGUUCUCCUCUGGCUUGUUUCCUUUCUCCAUAUUUGGUUGGCCAGAAGAGGUUAGUUAUCACAUUUCGUGUGAGAACUUCAAGUGGAAUUUUUUAUUGGGUGUUGAAUGUUAUCAGAGGAGGCAUCGGUCUUGUGUCACUUUGCUCGGAAAACUCGCAUCACUUACCGAACGAAUCAGAAACGAAUACCAAUUCCGACUGUCACUCACGUUUUCCCGGGCAUGAACCCUUUUGCUUAUAUCUAGUUUGAGUUCUCAUUGGCUUCUCGGUUUAUGUACCUUUAUUAUGAUUAGCUGUUGUAGUUUUGAAUACUGCAGCUCCUCUGGGUGUGCUUCCAUAAAGUGAAAAUAUCAUUGUCGAGGGAAUUUUUCAUCUUUAAUGUAACUAAGUGCAUUUAAUGGUUUAUUUUUGACCCGCGAGUUUUCAGUGAAGAGGAAGUGAUGUUGUAAUUUGCGCCAGACAGUGGUUUGUGGGAACAGACUGCCAUCUGUUCUUGACCACACUGCUCGGUUGACGACCAAUUCAAUUCUGAUCCUCUUUAACGAGAAUGCCAUAUGAGUUUUACUCUUGAUGAGGGUUUUAAAACAGUCCCUCAUAGAAAAACCGUUAACAAAGUAGGGACAAGACAUCUACAUUGAAAUCCCUUUCUACUUUCUUUUCAUUGCAUUUCCUUUCUUAAUAGACUGACGAUUACAAGGUAUUUUACCCUGGUACGUUGUUGGAGACUGGACAUGACAUCUUAUUUUUUGGAUUGCCCGGAUGGUGAAAUUAGGCCUUAAACUUACUGGUCAGCUGCCUUUCACUGAAGUGUUUCUUCACGCAAUGGUGCGCGAUGCGCAUGGCAGAAAAAUGAGCAAGUCUCUCGGGAAUGUUAUCGACCCCGUUGAUGUCAUUAAGGGGGUGUCUCUAGAGGUGAAUGGAGCAUUUUCUUUCGGACUUGAAUUGAAUUUAAGUUAUAGGUUUAGUCUAACAGGUGUCGCGUUCUAAAUCUGAUUUUUUUUUCAAGAGUAGGUAAUAUGUUUGAGUUAAACAAGUUCUUAAGCGUUGUCAGAGGCGGUAUUUGAUGUUGUUGUUUUUCAAUAUGUAAAUAAAAGAAUACGUAAUCCUUUGUGUUUUUAGGAUCUGCAUCUUCAGCUUGAAAACAGUAACUUGGAUCCGAGAGAGAUUGAACGAGCUCGAAAAGGACAGGUUUGUCUGAGUAUUGAUGAAUCUAGAACUCUUAAUGGAAGUGAAAGUUCCUUUGAUCACAUGGUACAAAUUUUGUCAUGCCAGAUGACAAAUUGUUUACUUAGACAUUGAAAACAAACAAAAUUUGACCUUGACUGAGUUACUUUCCACUGUCUUAAAUGUUCAAGUGUGUGUUUUGCCACACGCAGCCUACAGCUGGGCAGAACUAAUGGCUGUAAAGUGGGGUAAUUUAGCAUUAUCAAGAUAACGUAAAUUGGCCACCGUGAAGAGUUUCAAAGCUGACGUUUCGAGCGUUAGCCCUUUGUCAAAACGUAUGAAGUGGGGCCUAUUUUACGUAGCCUGGAAGCAGGACCUCAGUAGCGCUUCAGUAUAGGCAGAUAAGUUUGAGCCAGACUACUCCCCGACCCGUCAAAAAUCUUCCUGCGGGCGGAGAAACGCUCGUCCUGCAGCACUACUAAUGAGGGCCCGCUCGCAAAUUUAAUUCCAAGACCUUGUUCAGGAGACAGGUUUUUUGCAUCGACCCUAAAGUCUCAUCAGCCUCGUUGGGUGCGUCAACCGAGCAUCAAAACGUCGGUGUACUUUCUGAUAUUCUUUGUAACUUUCGUAGCUCUCUCGUCCAGAGCCAUCGAUUCGGAGAUGCCUUUGGUGAAAUUCUGGCGCUGUGCAUCUGACAGUUGUAGAUACGUGAACAUCGCGGCCAUAAACCUUUUAACCCCUCAGAAUGACUAGCAUCUAAUUUCUUCGAGCAAAAUCAUCCCUAAAUCAUACUUAAGGUCACGAGAAUCAACGAAAUGAUCACCAAUUAAAGAAGCUCCUUGAUUGAUAAUCAAAUUCUCUUCGUCAGCACCUAAGGAAAUGGGUAGAGAAUAGUAUGGAGAAUAUACACACUGAUGUUGGGCGUGAAGAGUUGAUCUCACUGUCUCUCUUUAUUUUACUUUGGUUUAUUUCAGACUUGGUUUAUUUUUGUACCUUUCAUUUUAGUGUUAUGAUACCAUUUUACCCCGUAAAAACUUGUAAUUAGGUAUAACUCUUAAGCCUCUUAAGCCUCUUAAAUUUACAGAAAGAAGAUUAUCCUGAUGGCAUACCAGAGUGUGGCACUGAUGCUUUGCGGUUUGCACUUUGUGCUUACACAGCGCAAGGUCAGUGUCCUUGUAGUGUUAAUCGUUUGACUUCCAUGAGUGACCAAACAUAAUUUCUCCCUAUAAUAUCAAUACAAUAUAAAAGCAGACAAGUGAUGGGAAUAAAGACAAAUAUCCACUAGGGAUUACUAGUUGAUCCAAUACCACAUUCUCCAAACUGACUUCAUGAGAAUUGUAUGGCAGACAGUAAGGGAGAAUUACUAAAGAGAUCUUGGGGUGGAAGAGUGAAAUUACGGUGAUACAACGACUCGUUCAAGUUCCUGAACUCUAAGGGAGCAGUUCACGAGAUGGAAAACAAGCUGACCUGACUUUCCUUGUUGUAUUUUAUUCUACAGGACGGGAUAUUAAUCUUGACGUACUUCGUGUGCAAGGUUAUCGUCAUUUCUGCAACAAGCUGUGGAAUGCCACUAAGUUUGCGCUGGGCGGCCUGGGACCUGACUUCAAACCAAAUGUCAAACCUGAGGUGAGAGUCUGUGUUAUGGAAAUAUAUCUUUCGGCAGGGGAAGGGACGGGAGUUAUGCAGGGUGAGAGGCAUUUAUAUAAAUCUGCCCUGCAAGUCAUCAGCCAGGAAUCAAUAGCACGCAUCGAGCUAUUGUCCUAUCAUAGAGAGUUCUUGAUCACAUUCUGUUUUUUCUCGUGUAAUAAAAAGUUUUCAUCUAUUAACUGAGACAAGUCAUUUUACAAACGGAAACUUCAAUUAGUUAUCAAACUGACAUUUCUCUAUUUUGCGUUUCAAAGCUUAUUGGGAGCGAAACUCUAGAAGACCGCUGGAUUCUCAGCCGGUUAUCUUAUGCAGAGAAAACAGCAAAUGAAGGCUUUAAGAACUACGAUUUCCCAUCAGCCACGACGGCUAUUUACAACUUCUGGCUUUACGAGCUGUGCGACGUUUAUCUGGUAAGAAAAGUAGAAUAAAAGGCUUGAAAAUGUUCUCUCUCAGAAUCCUAUUUAGUGAUCACUUGUGAACUUCCUCGUGUUGCUUAAAAACAUUUUUUGGUAUUUUUUCCUGUAGGAAUACCUUAAGCCAAUUCUUCAAGGAGAAAACAAAGAAGCAAUCAACACAGCACGUAACACUCUGUAUCCUUAAGAUGCUCUUUUUAGUUUUCCCAGUGUACUUUUCAUUUCCUUUUCUUGAAUCACUACAAUGUUUAAUUGAAACAUGGCAGAAGUAUUCUUCUUAAGACAAAAGGGCAGAGGAAGAAAUCAUAGGGAGUAAUAUCUGAUUAUUGACUGAGUGGAAGGGCCGGGCGAGAAAUAUUUGGUUCGAGAUCAUGAUUAACGGACCGAGCGCUACGAGGUCCGUGCGUCAUGAGCGAGAGCCAUUGUUUUUCCUGUCCAGCCCAACCUAACUCGAUAAAUGAGCAUUUUAUCAUAUGACCUCUAAGUGUUGAAAAUUUCGAACAUUUUGUUUCAACCCAAAUAGUACAUACUCAAAUACAACAGAAGGGCGCGCAUUUGACAGCUACUAAAGAGAUUCUACCAUUAAAAACCUUCCUUUUUUUUCUUCGAGUCAGAACAAGAAACUCACAGUUCAUCGAUACAUCGACUCAGUCCCUGAUCUGAUUUAUUUUAUCGUGAAGUCCACAAUGUCAAUCCACGUUCUCGGAAAAUGAAAAAGAACCGUUUGAAUGCAGGGCCGGACGGGUUUUUGCGAACCGGCUCGCGUCAACCCGUCUGGCUCUACACACGUCAGCUUCCACUAUGGUUUUCUAUUGAUAGUGCGCGUGGGGGACCUCACGUGACGUAAGAUAAAAUUCCUUAACCAUUGCAAGCUACACGUGUUUGGAGAAUGGGUUGAUUCUUCUCAGUCCGUUCAUGCCUUACGUGACAGAGGAACUAUUUCAACGAUUACCGCGUAGGACUGAAGACUCACCGCCAAGUAUUUGCGUCACACCUUACCCAGAGGAGGUAAGUGGUGAUUGAGUACAAGGUUAGGGAAGGCAGGGAAAGCGUGCUUUUUAGUCACAACGUAUUCUUAUUAAUUCUUUUCACUUUUACAAGACUGAAUAGAUCCGAGGAUAAAUUUCUAUCGAAAAUAAUUCUGAAAUAUUUGUUUUUCUUGGAAGGUUACACAGUUAACGUGUAGUUCUAGAGAUCCCUCUAUGUUUCUAAGGUGUUUCUUGCAUGUUUAGCUUCCGUGGAGAGACGCAAACCUCGAGGACGAGUUGAAUCUGGUGCAGACUAUUGUGAAAUCGAUCCGUUCCAUUCGUCAAGAGUACAACUUGACACGUGCAAAGCCUGAAGGUAUUCACCUAUAAAAUUCUUUUGUUUUAAAUGUGGGAGUGAAAAAAAAAUGUUUCUCACCAUGGUGUAGUCAAAGUUACUGAUAAGGGUGAGAUCGAGGUGUUUCAAAUCUGAAACUUAAACCCUUUACGCUCCAAUAUCAGUAUGUUAUUGUAUGUACUGAUUUUAUACAUUUUCCAUGGUAUUGACAAGGAGAAUAUUUUUACUGAUCAAGAGCUUCUUAAGUUGGAGAUCAUUUCUUUUAUUCUCAUGACCUUAAUAUUUCACUGAGUGGUGAUACUCCAAGGAGAAAUUGACGCUAAUCACUCGUAGCUGCGGGUUUACUUUUGUACCUUUGAGCUUGAUUACGUCACAAGCUGGAAUUUCGGGAUUCGUUCACACCGAAUCCUUAAACAAGUUUAAGAACUUAAAAAAUCAAUCUUUCAACGCCUUCAUAAUCGACACCUCUUAUCCUUCAACUCUCUCGAUAAUAUUGUUUUUUAAUUUUUUUUAGUGUAUGUAGUGUUCUCCGAACAGUCUUUGGCAGGAGCGGUCAGCAAAUACGCAGAAACGGCGUGCACGCUUAGUUCCAGCGAAAGGUAAUACUAAAGUUAAAUUGCGUGAUCCUUCAUAGAUUUUAGCGGCGCGUAUCUUUAGAUUCACAGCUCCAUUUCGGUUAAUGGGCCGGCUGGACUCCCGACCGAGAGUUACUUUCUCGAGUCAACAAAGAGUUUAAAUGGGUAACAGUCAGUUGUCCAUGAGUGCCAUUCAAAAUGCAGUGAAGGUAUCAGCUCUUUGCGCUGCUCUUAACUGGUUAAUUCUAAGAUUUCCUGUGGUUUUGAAUCUUUUUCCUCACAUGGCUGUUCAUGGCUGUGCUAACGUACGAUGAUGUACUUUACGUUUUUAAGACUCGUAGCUAUGACGAAACUUUACUUCAUAAUAUACACCCGUCCAUGCGGUUGAAAAAGCUAUCAUUCCUCUUAAUAAUCAGCAAAACGCUUUUCGACUGAGUGCGGUAAAACCAAAACUUAAGUAAUCCCAACGGCCAAUCAAAAGAAAGGAAAUUACCAUAAGAACCAAUGAGAACUCGAAUUCAAAACAACCAAACUGCCCAAAGCGCGGGAAAGCGCGUGCGGUCAAGUCGUGAUUUGUUUCAGUUUUUGCAUCCGAUUGGUUGAUGAAGUGAUGCGGUUUUCUGGAUCAAUCACAGAGCGAAGUAAAGCAAAACGUGAGCAACCCUGGAUCACAUUCGACACUCAUUUGAAAAUUGCCCUAGUGACACUGAGAUUCCUAAUUAGUGUGACUGUUUCUGUUUGGCAGGAUUCGUGUGGUGUGCGAGGAGAAGCCUCCACGUGGAUGUGCUGUGGCCACUGUCUCGGACAAGUGCGAAGUGCAUGUGGUUCUCAAGGUAUUUAGCUGACAUCCUCUUAUGUAUCACCUUUUGAGUCAUUUAUGCGAGUGCUAUAAUGAGGAAACAGAAGUCGUUACACCACCUGCAUAAUAUUUUACAAGGUAACCCUUUCCUCUGUAAUGGUUUUACUUUUAGGGUUUGGUGGAUGUAGCUAAGGAAAUCACAAAGUUGGAAGGAAAGAAAGAUAAACUAAAUGGACAGCUGACGAAAUUAAAUGAAGCCAUGGGAAUUGCUGACUACGCCACAAAGGUAUGAUGCAAUAAAAUGGGCCAGCUUGAUAAGAGGGGGAGUGUGGGGAGAGCAAGGUGUCCUUUAACAUCCCUCUUUAAACCAAGGUAGCUGGUGGUAGGCACCUUAAUGCCCACAGAAUGGUCUUUUGGGAUCGCCCUACUGGAAAACCUGCUCAGACCUUGUGGAGGAGAGGUGAUUCCUCUCCUUUUGUUCUCGUUCAGUUAUCUUGUGGUGCUCAAUUUAUCAUUUUCGAGUUGCUUUAAGCCUUUGCAUGAAAAUGAAGCUUAGUGCGAAAAUGAGUUUUGCUUGGAUGUAAAAGGAUAAGCACCAAAACCUGUUGAUAAAAAAGGAGACUACAGAAGUCGGGAAGGACCAUUAGCUUAAAUUACGUUAUUUUUCCUCUUUUGAUGGUAAUCAACAUUUGCUGUUUUAUGUGAACAUUUCAGGUACCGGAGAACGUCCAGCAACAAAAUUCUGAAAAGGUAAAUCUUUUAUAAUUAACCUUCAAUAUAUUUAAUUUUAUCAAAUGUACAAGAUUCAAAUUACGAAGUUGUAACGAAAUCAGGCGGGAAAACUACUCUCUUUCUUAGGUUAGGCUUAAAAAUGAUUGUUGCAGGUGAUUGUUGCCAAACUUUAAACGGUCAUUUCCAAGAUCACUAAACCAGGACGAUCACACCACAAGAUUAACUUUGGUUUACGAUUCUCAAUCAAGAAGGGCAGAAGUUAUAAGCAGUAGCUCGAUUUACCUGAAAUACCUUCAAUUUUUACCAGGUUUGGGGAGGGUUUUAACUAACUUUCAACCCAGGCCUAAAACCGUUUACUUCAAAGGUAAAUUCUAUGUGAACUUAUCUUGGGUCAUGUGACAUGACUAUAACUUCUCAGAGAUUGAUUUUGGCUGUUUUCCCCUGUUUCAGCUCAAACAAUUAGAGACUGAGCUUGGGAAGAUCGAAAAGGCGAUUGCUUCCUUUAAACUGGCUGAAUAAUUGAAUUCAAUACUCCUGUCGAGAAUAAUAGUAAAUGAAUGGAAUACCAAAUAAUUUUCUGCGUCUCCGUUGGUAUCAGAACCUGCGCAACUUUCUUUGUUCACCUCGCUCAGUCAACAGGCCCUCGCGGUCUGGCCAAUCCUGAACCCCUCUAUGGGCCGUGGUCCUCAACUCAUUCCGAACUUCUCUUGGACAACAGCUUAAGGAAGAAACACGGAAACUCGGUUGCUAUUCACCUUCACUGUAAUGCUGCGUGCGUGCAUGUGCAUGUGCUGUUCGUGGAACGCGAUGAAAGGUUCUCGAAGAGUGAUUGUUGCGUUGUUCGACCUCUAUUUGCACCUUCAAGUCACGGUCAGGCUGUUUAAGCGGCGGUCUCGUCCACCAUCUACAAUGAGUGGCAAAAGUUUUGGGGCGCUAAUUCUCACCUUGUUUGAACGGUUUCCAGUUUACUCAUUUUAGGGCUGGAUCUGAGCAACUUUCUUGGGAAAUGGGUGAUGGGUGAUUGGAGGGGGGGGGGGUCGAUGGCAAAAGUAAUAAGAACCUCAACAAUCAGGGGACUCCCUCUAAAUUGUGAUGUUGAUUUUAUUCGUCCCCAGUACUUCUGUAACUCAUUGCAGUUUUUCAAGCGUUGGCUCCAAAUAAUUCUAUGAAAUUACUUGACAGAAAAUAGCUUGGAGCUAUUUCAUUUGGAUAAUCAACUAAACUGAUCUUAAAUUUACUGCAAAUUUAUCUUUACUGUGCGAAAUAUUUUUGUUAUGUGUGUAGGAACUUCGACGAAUCCUUUUUUAUUUCUAAUUAAAUCAAAAUAUUCUGGAACUUAAGAGUGCUGCUUUACGGUAGCAGCAAAAUCUAAGAGAUAAAAAUUUGCGGUAUUAAAGAAAAGGAGUUGAAAUUACCAUCGCGUUAUCACUUGAUCUUGAAAUUUUAAACUCUGAUUUCAACCCGGUCGUAACAAACGACGACUGACCUUGAUCUUCCGAAGCUUCCUCCCAAGCUUCCUCCC